AUGCUGCAACGGAAGUUUCAAAAUUAAAAUUGCGAUUGUAAAGUCACAUAUUAUUGCUCUCUCUUUGUUUGACAUCUGUAACAUUUCUCACAGCUUUUGCGUAUGACGUCAACGUUCAAUUUGUUCUACACCUUGUGCGGCUGUUAUUUACAAUUUUAGUCCUAAGCGUGCCUGAAAACAACUACCGGAAUAGCUGAAUGAAGCUAAUAGUGCUAUAACAAGUCAUGCUUAUCCGUUGCAUUAAAUUUUGUGCUUGCUUGCUUGGUUAAAUGCGACGAAAGGUCCUUUUUCCAUUUAGUUGCUUUUGACCUGCUGACGGAGACGCAUUAAUUUUUUUCUUUUUUCGCUAUAUUAUAACUGGCGAUGUCGCAAGUGUCUUCAAAUAAUUCAACUAUGUUUUCUAGCCAUUAUUCGGUACAUUUUCCAGACUUUAACCCACCCUCAGGUGAACUCGAGUCUAAUGGAGACUGUAGCCGAGAGCUUGACUUCGCUUUUUGGAUCAUAAACAGUGUAUUCGGUGUUCUUAUCCUGCUGGGAAAUUCCCUCACUUGCGCAACGUUUUUACGGUUCGAAACCCUCAGGCGGAGCUACAUGAAUUUGCUUCUGCUGAGCUUGGCCAUUUGCGACGCUGCAAUGGCCGUGAUAGUAACGCCUGGUUAUGCCACCUUUUGCACUGGUUGCUCUUACAACUUGAGUAAAUUUUGUUGGUUUUUCGAAGGUGGCAAAGAUGUGUGCCUCCUCACGUCCACAUUCAAUUUACUUGCCAUCUCAUACGACAGACAUCUGGCCAUCUUUCAGCCACUCAAAUACCAGGUCAAAAUGUCGCGAAGAAAACUCCGUGUGAUUUUAUCGGUUGUGUGGCUCACUCCACUGUUUCUCGCCUCGCUCAGGAACAUUUGGUCCCACACUCGGCCGGAGAACGUUGUAGAGGAGCUCAACAGAACUUAUUCAUACAUCUUACUCAUCGUCUUUGUCAUACUUCCGAUAGUAAUCGUGUCCGUUAUAAACAUAACAAUUUUGAUCGCCAUCAAAAAACAAAGACAAAAGGUAACAGUGCUCAACAGCACCAGUUGUGGAGUCUGGUGGAAAAAGCAAACUCGUAUGCAGUAUCUUCAGUUACGAAAAGGAACUCUUUCUUGUGUUUUAAUAGUUGUUAUUUUCGUAGCCUGUUGGUUACCCAGAACAGUUCAUUACGCUUUUUAUCUCUUCAACCAUCCAGAAUUGGUAACUCCUAUCCUCCGAAAAAUUUCUGUGACUUUUCUUUUAUUGCAAUCAUCCAUGAAUCCCCUAAUAUACUGUUUUUAUCGAAAGGAGUUUCGACAAGCUGUCAAAACUUUAAUUAAAUGUGCGUAGAACUUGACGGCAAAAUUUCAACGCGCUAUAUGGAAAUAUCUAGGAAAUGUCUGCAGGUCAUUUGUGUCAACAAAUUGAACGGAAUUAAAAUUCAGCAU